AAAAUGUGAAAAUGAACUUUCGUUUGAGAAUCACUCCGCGCCACCCCCACCAACUAUAUAUACACGCGCGCAUACUGUUUCUUCUCCCCCAAGUUCUCUCUCUCUCUCUCUCUUUCGUUUCGUCUUCGUCGCCACUCUCCUGCAAUCAUGGCUCGCAGUCGCCGAAGCUCCGGAGGAAUGUCUUGGUCAGCUCCUCGUCCUGCCGCCCGUGCUCCACUACGUAAUCCUCCACAGCCAGCUGCUCGAGCUCCUCCUCCAGCACCUUUACAAAGGGCACCAGCCACAGGGGGACUUGGUUCCGUUGUUGCUGAAGGCAUGGCCUUUGGUGGUGGAAAUGCUAUUGCGCACAGAGCAGUUGAUGCUAUGAUGGGGCCCCGUACUAUCAGGCACGAGACAGUUGAUUCCUCUGUCCCUUCUGCUGCUCCGGUACUUGCAAAUUCUAAUGUGUGUGAUGGUCAAUCCAAAGCGUUUGCAGAUUGCUUGAGCUACUUUGGAAGCGACAUCAGCAAGUGUCAGUUCUACAUGGAUAUGCUGUCUGAAUGUCGCAAAAACCCAACCACCUCGGGCUUGACUGCUUGAUACUGCUCCUGGAGUUCUACUCCGAACUUGAUUAAAUAAAUUAGUAAUGCAACAAGUCCUGUUCAUAUUAUGGUGUCAGCUUGGUUUUCCAGUUGAAGUUGGUAGAAAACGUUUUAUGCUACUUGAGAGUUUUAUGGAUCAAAUGGCUAUAGGUCUUCGCUCUAGAGUGACCUGCGUUUUCCAUGUUAGCAAUACAUGCCGCUCUCUCUCCCCGUAUAUAUAUAUAGUUCAUGUUGUAUACCUAA